AUGCUUGUGCCUCCAGAUAACUUUGGCUUAAUAGAGCCGGGUGUUUAUCGAUGCCUGAAACUCGAGGCUGACCACACACCGUUUUUGGCUACAUUGCAGCUCAAUUCGAUCGUGUUACUUGACGCGGCCAAACCACCUCGAAAUCUCAAGGCUUUCUUGGAAGAGAACGAGGUCAAGUUGUUUAAGCUUGGUGGUCUUAAGAUAUCCAAUCAUGGGAAUUACACGAAAGAUAAUGAAAGGAUUGAUAAGGCUGGUGGAUCGCAGCUGUCAGCAGGACAAGGCGAAAUAGAAGUGAUCCAAUUGGAUAGAGGAAAUGGAAAUGGAGGAAGUAAGGAAAACAACCUGUGGAUGCUCAUUGAACCUGGACUCAUCGAAGGAGCUUUCGAAAUAAUUUUCAACAAGAAUCGUCAUAACGUAUUGGUGGUGGACCUGUCGCUGACUCUCGUUGGAAUUCUUCGACGCAUCCAAAAGUGGAACUUCAACUCCAUCGUCAACGAGUACCGCAUUUACACUGGUAACUCCAGCAAAAACAAUUAUAACGCAGAAAACUUUUUGGAGCUACUAGAAAUUGAGUUGGUUCCGUUUGAAGUGGACCAGUGGUUGAGGAAUAAAAGAGAGAAAAGCCUGGAACAACCAGAGCCAAAGGCUCCCUCUGUGGCUUCUAGUGGAUCCCAUCGUCGUCUGAGAUAUUCUGUUGAUGACGGAAACGUAACUAAUGAAGACGAGGAUGUGUCUGCAGAUGAUUAUGAAGACGAUAUGGACGACGACCUCCUUCUGGCGUCGCCUCAAAUUCCCGCUAAUUUGCUCAAGCUUGUGGAACAACGGAAAAACGACGAUCAGGGUUCCGUGUCUGCCUCUCCUGGAACACCACCUGAGCAUCGUAUCCCCCAUUUACAACUUGACAAAUCAUUUCCUGGUAGUACCGGGAGCCGGAAUAACAGUUUCAGCGGUGACAAUAUCAAUCUAGCAGCGCACCGCCGAAAACUGUCAAUGGAUACUAGGCACUCUCGCCCCGGAAACUUGAGGUUCCGCAGACCUAGUUUCAAUGAUCAGUCAAAGUCUCCAGGACGCAGGUCGUCCUUCGAGAGCAGCCUUCGUCAGUAUAGGCUAGAGAGGGAGAGAUCCGGAGGACCGGAGGAGCUUGCUAGAACGAAAGAGCUCUACGGUUAUCAGUAUUACAAACCUCGUAUUGUUGCACUGUCUUCAUUUGUUGAACCAAUAAAGCUUCAUCUUCCUCCAGAGCACAAAUUGCCAGACUGGUUCAUACGAGGAAGAGACUUCUGGGAGAAUCAGUACAGACAACUCAAUCCAUAG